AUGACUCGGUCACGGAGGCCGCAUCUCCACUCACCUCGCUCUCCCGGUGCGGCGUCGCCGGCCGCACCGCCGUCCAUCUUCUCCGCCUCUUGGCUUCCGGCCGCCCAUGGCGGAUCGCUAUGGCGCUUACGCUCCUUCCUUCUCCCACGACAGAGAGCGGUGACAAGGCUUAUGUUCUAUGCUUCGUGGAGUUCAAGAAUGCAAAAUGUGCAUUCACUGCAAUGGAGGCGUUCCAAGAAUACUGCUUUGAUGACAGGAAGCCUGACGCCCCGGUUCUUAAGAUUCAAUUUGCAAGGUUCCCUUUCCGCCUGCCUGCUGCUCCGGACGAUAGGAAACGCCUUAUUGCGCACUCAUUGCUAUUUCCUAUCAUCCUCUAGCUAGCAGUGUAAUCUAGGUAGUGGGGCACUGUAGGUGAUCUAUGAUCCGCUUGUAUGUAACCUGUAAUGAGCGGCUGUGAAUUGUAUGGCGACUUUGAGUCCUAAGAAUUUCGGCUUUUUUUUUCCAAAAAAUAGAGCUUUAUUAACUCUUAUCGACGCAUCAAACUGAUAAGUCUUUGCAUAAUAAGAUGCGCACAACAAUAAUUUCGGCU